AAUGCACGCAUUUCGGUUGGCCGUGCUGAUCGCCGCUCUGCUCUUCGUGUCUGUGUUCAUCGCGCGGCUGGUGCACUGUUGGACCGGCACCAACCGCGCAGUCUUCACGCUGCCGCUGUCUUCCAGCCUGGGCCGCGUCGAGUCGCUACGCGUGUUGGUGCCAGGAGGUCAGCCGGUGGUGCUCUACCGUGGCAUCCCAUACGCGUUGCCACCGAUCGGCGAACUCCGCUUCAGGCCGUACUUGGAAGAUCCCGCAGUAACACUGCGAAAACUGCGGAUCCUGGCCCGUCGGCUCCGCUGCGAGGUCGCCGAGGAAACCACCAAAGGCGCGGCGGAAGAGUUGUCCUGCCUGCGAAGGAUGCCGACGGCAGCGCUUCGUCGUCGUCUGGUGGGGCUGAACGGCGACCUGCUCGAGAAUUCCAUAAGUCUGGAAGACGCGUCCGUCGACGAUGCGACGCAUUCAUCGUUACGCGGGGUAGGCGAGGCGAAGACGCUGCUUCUUUUAACCGCUGCAGACGAAGGCUUCUUCUUCGUGGACCACGUGAUCAGCAGAUUUUCGGAGCCCGGCUACUUACUGACCCGAUGGCUCAAGGCCCAGGGAGUGCGCGACGUCGCCGCCUUCCUGGAAGAAUACGAGGGAGCUUCCGCCGACGGUGACAGGUGAACUGUGGAUGCCCUACAAUGCGGUUAGAAAAAAAGCUGUCAUGAUGGGCUCUAUGGGCUUCGUGCCGAUCUCCAUGGACAUGGACUACUGUCGGCACGUGCGUAAGCACGGACCGGUCCCUUCCGUCGGCGCAGUAUCGGAGGACGAAUCGCGACUGGCUGCCAGAACAUUAGCGCCGGUAUCCAGACCGACUUCGCUUCAUGGGGCCAGAGUUGCCACGUAGCGUCGGGUUAGCAUCAAACGGGAGAGGCUAAGAUGACGACCGCCAUUAUCGUAACAAAAGUACACUGCGAAUACUUGUGAAAUAUUUAAAACGAGUUAUCGCAACUUUUUUUUUCUGUCUCUUUCAUUUAAUGCCUGAAGCGAAGCCGUGUUUGGUUCACGGUUGACGCUUUCAUCUGGUGUGCUAUUUCUGGACCCCGGCAAAUUUCGCCAUAUUGUCAAAUUCGCCAUCUUGUGAGCUAUGAUUGGUUCAUAGAAACGUCCUUUUUGAUUGGGUCAAAACGCAAACAAGGCGGAAUAGCUCAAUAUGGCGGAAUGUGAAUCGCCCUAAUAGCUGACUCGAUAACUGGCCUUCGCAGUCAUUGCAGGAUAUUAGUUGCCUAUGACUUGGAGCAUAUGGUGUGAAACUUGCAACCACGAGCCCAUUGUUUCAUUGACUGUCAGCAGCUAAGUUAUAAUGACGCUUUUUUUUUUUCGUUUUGGAAAGCUUC